UUUUUAAAGAAAGAAAAAAAAUGGGUUCCAUAGCUGUUGAUGUGCAUGAGAUUCCAGUUAUAGAUUUUUCUAACAAAGAGUUGAAGUCAGGCUCACACACGUGGGCUUCCACGUGUGACCAAAUUCGAUUUGCACUCGAAGAGUAUGGUUGUUUCGUAGCCAAAUAUGAUGAACUAUUCUCUAAUAAUGAAAUUGAUACACAAAUCUUUUGCAAAUCGAAGGAUCUUUUCGAUCUCCCAAUUGAGACGAAAAUGAAGAACACUAGUGAGGAACCAUUUCGUGGCUAUGUUGGCCAAAUCCCUCAACUUCCACUCUAUGAAGGUUUAGCCAUUGAUAGGGCAACAAGUCUUGAAGAAGUGAGGAAGUUCGUCGAUCUUAUGUGGAUCAAUGGCAACCAUCAUUUCUGUGAUAUUGUCCAUUCAUAUGCAAAGCAAAUAGCCUUAUUAGAUGAGAUGGCUACAAAAAUGGUGUUUGAAAGCUAUGGAGUGGAGAAACAUUGGAAGCAAGUUGAGGCUCUACACAGUCAUGUUCUUCGAUUUUUGAAGUAUGAUGAACCUAAUCAAGACUCUGAUACCACUAUAAGGUUUCUUCCCCAUACUGAUAAGAACUUCACAACAAUACUUCACCAAACCCAGGUUGGUGGUCUCCAAGUUCAAGCCAAAGAUGGCACCUGGAUCAGCGUUCACCCAAAACCUUCUCAUUUUCUCCUCAUGGCUGGCGACAUGAUGAAGGUUUGGAGCAAUGACAGAGUAAGAGCUUGCUACCACCAGGUUAGCUUUUCUGGACAUGAGGAGAGAUACUCAAUGGGAAUGUUUACAUUCACAGAUGGAGAAAUAAAAGUGCCAGAAGAAUUUGUGGAUGAUGAACAUCCAAUACUCUAUAAACCAUUUGAUAAUCGUAAAUAUGUUCGAUUUUAUGUCACAGAUGAGGCCAAGAAGAUCAAAGAUCCAAUCAAAGCCUUCUUUGGUGUUUGAAUAUCAUAAUAUUGAAAUUCUGUAUUUUGAGAAGCCUGGUUGAUUUUAGCUAUGUUCACCAAUGGUUGUUGACAUGAUCAUUUGUUGUGUGUAUUUAAAAAUUAAACUAUCAUUUUGGGACAAUUAUUGGUAUAUAUAUGUUUAAUACACAAUGCCUUCCCAUUAUUAAUAAUUGAGAUUGUAUAAUUAAUUUUUACAAGUA